GUGUGUUGACAUGGUGACAGAGGUCAGAGGGUUCACUGACCCACAGAAGGAUGAGUACUUCAGGAAGAGGUUCAGAGAUGAGGAGCAGGCCAACAGGGAUCAUCUCCCACAUCAAGACAUCCCGAAGCCUCCACAUCAUGUGCCACAUCCCAGUCUUCUGCUGGAUCACUGCUACAGUUCUGGAGGAUGUGCUGAAGACCAGAGAGGGAGGAGAGCUGCCCAAGACCCUGACUGAGAUGUACAUCCACUUCCUGGUGGUUCAGUCCAAACUGAAGAACAUCAAGUAUGAUGGAGGAGCUGAGACAGAUCCACACUGGAGUCCAGAGAGCAGGAAGAUGAUUGAGUCUCUGGGAAAACUGGCUUUUGAGCAGCUGCAGAAAGGAAACCUGAUCUUCUAUGACUCAGACCUGACAGAGUGUGGCAUCGAUAUCAGAGCAGCCUCAGUGUACUCAGGAGUGUUCACACAGAUCUUCAAAGAGGAGAGAGGACUGUACCAGGACAAGGUGUUCUGCUUCAUCCAUCUGAGUGUUCAGGAGUUUCUGGCUGCUCUUCAUGUCCAUCUGACCUUCAUCAACUCUGGAGUCAAUCUGAUGUCAGAAAAACAAACAAUAUCCCAGCUGUAUAAAAUCUUCAAAGACAAAUGUAAUCUUAAACAUCUCCACCAGAGUGCCGUGGACCAGGCCUUAAAGAGUCCAAAUGGACACCUGGACUUGUUCCUCCGCUUCCUCCUCGGUCUUUCUCUAGAGACCAAUCAGAACCACUUACGAGGUUUGUUGACACCCACAGGAAGUGGCUCACAGACCAAUCAGAAAACAGUCGAGUACAUCAAGAAGAAGAUCAGUGAGGAUCUGUCUGCAGAGAAAAGCAUCAAUCUGUUCCACUGUCUGAAUGAACUGAAUGAUCGUUCUCUAGUGGAGGAGAUCCAACAGUCCCUGAGAUCAGGACGUCUCUCCACAGAUAAACUGUCUCCUGCUCAGUGGUCAGCUCUGGUCUUCAUCUUACUGUCAUCAGAAAAAGAUCUGGACGUGUUUGACCUGAAGAAAUACUCUGCUUCAGAGGAGGCUCUUCUGAGGCUGCUGCCUGUGAUCAAAGCUUCAAACAAAGCUCUGCUGAGUGUCUGUAACCUCUCAGAGAGAAGCUGUGAAGCUCUGUCCUCAGUCCUCAGCUCCCAGUCCUCUAGUCUGAGAGAGCUGGACCUGAGCAACAACAACCUGCAGGAUUCAGGAGUGAAGCUGCUGUCCUCUGGAUUAAAGAGUCCUCUCUGUAGACUGGACACUCUCGAAGAAGGUUGUGUGUCUCUGGCCUCAGCUCUAAGCUCCUCCCACCUGAGAGAGCUGGACCUGAGCUACAAUCAUCCAGGAGAACGAGGAGAGAAGCUGCUGGCUGCUGGACUGGAGGAUCCACACUGCAGACUGGAGACACUGAGGUACAGACAGACUAGAGGUCGCGUUAACCGAAUAUUCUCCGUCUUUGACAGAAUUUUUUGAACAAUGACGAAAAAGAAUCUGAAGGUUUUGACUGAUUAGUCACCACCACUCCUUUCUAAUUCUCACACAACUCUGUCAUUACCCACAUGUAAAGCACCUGCAGUAGACCUCCCAGUCCAGUUGGUGGCGAGUGUGCAUAAUUAAUUAGUUAUUGUCUUGUCCUGUAGGCUGACCUCACUUGCAUGACUUCGUUGUCUAUGGUUGUUUUCAUAGCAUGGUUAAGCUAUCUGCAUGAUGGUCACAAAAUGUUGAAACAACAGUGUACUGAGUUCUUUGAAAAAGUGAUUUUGCUGGUGAUGAUGGUAGACAUGGUGAAAAAAGAGGGACUGAUGCAGUGGAGGAGGCUGAAGAAUAAGCACCUACAACUGAUGAAGAUAAUCAGCAGGUAGCAGCUAAAGCUACGGGACAAGCAAGUUGCAGCAAUGUGGGAGCAAGGAGGGAUUACCGUGUUCAAUGGGAGCAAGAAUUCCUGUGGCUUCAGAGCGAAGAUGACAAAAUGUUCUGUGACGUCUUCAGAAAAGCUAACAUGAGUAACAGAUUUACCAGACGGUGCAAAACUAUGAAGAAAUCUGCUCUGAAUGAUCACAAAACCAGCCGAAGCCACAUUAUGGCUUCCAGGGUGGUUAGCCAGAGUGCUGCAAUUGAAAAGCAUGUUGCACAACAACUGUGUCAGAAUGACAGUCCCUACCUCGUAAAUAUUCACUGUGGUGCACACCGAACUGCACCGGCUGCCCGCGAUGCUUCCAGGGUAGUGCGUCAAAUAAGUACUUUACCGUAAAAUCCGGAACAUAAGUCACACUGGUAUAUAAGACGCACCCUGUUUUUAAGAUCUCUUUGAGAA